GCCCUUGGACCGAAGAGACACGGAUAAUCGUCUUCUGGCUGACGACAAUCCGGUUGGUACUUUCCUGGUAAGAAGUAGAGAAGACAUCGGCGAAACAGGCUCACACUUGUACACGAUAUCAGUGCUGCGCAGCAAGACUGGCAACAACAGAGUGAGUCACUUCAAAGUGCAAAGGUCCACAGAGGGAAAAGUGUUCGUUGCAGCUGACAUGGAGUUCGACAGCCUGACAGAUCUCGUGCAACACUGUCUCUGGCACGGGCAAAUCGGAAGCUGCCCUAUCAGUACCCCAUGCCCGACAACCACGACAGAAGUUCCACAGCCUCAUGCCGAAAUAUGGGAGAUCUCACGGGACAACAUCAAACUUCUGAAGAAGAUAGGGCAGGGCAACUUUGGGGACGUGUUCAAGGCCCUUUGGAAGGAUUCCGUCGAUGUUGCAGUGAAGACUGCUAAGAAACAAUCAAUGCCAGACGACCAGUUUCUCAGGGAGGCUGACACCAUGAAGAACCUGCAGCACCGCAACAUUGUACAGCUGCUGGGCGUCUGCACGAAGGAAGACCCGAUUUACAUCAUCACAGAGUUCGUGUGUAACGGUAGUCUGGAGCACUAUCUACGUCAUGGGGAGGGGAAAGGUCUGGAACUGGCCCAUCUCAUUGACAUGGGUACCCAGGUCGCUGCUGGUAUGGAGUACCUCGAAGACAACAACGUCAUCCACAGAGAUCUGAGGUCAGCAAACGUUCUUGUCGGAGAACGAAACCUCUGCAAGGUGGCGGACUUUGGGAUGGCGAGGCUCGAAAGCAUUUAUAUUGCUACCACAUCUCGUGCCAUGCCUGUUCGCUGGACAGCGAUUGAAGCCAUUGACACGCAGGAGUUCACGUCUCAGUCUGAUGUCUGGUCCUUCGGUAUCCUGAUGACUGAGAUUCUCACAAAGGGACGGUUACCGUACGCAGGAUGGGACAAUCCUACAGUGAUAGCCCAAGUCCGCCGCGGAAUCCGCAUGGCUCCGGAUGAAGACUGGCCCGAACCCCUGUAUGAGAUCAUCAAGCGUUGCUGGGACAGGGAACCUCAGAGGAGACCAACGUUCAAAUAUCUCAGUCGUAUCUUUUCCGGCUAUUUCGCUGACAGUGAAUACUGUUGAUACUAAAUUUAGUAAGGAGAAACUUUGAACCUAGCAAGAAUAUAGACAUAAUGAGAACAAUUACACCGAAACUCUCGGUCUUCAUCAGGUAUCUGAUCUAACUGCUGUAGACAUGUGACGUAGGCACUG